UGCGACGCUACCAGGCGGCAGGCAGCAGGCAUCGGACGUUGAGCGGCGGACAGCAGCCAACAGCCAACAGCCAGCAGCCAGCAGCCAGCAAACCGUACCGAAUCGUCGACGCACCUUGGUUAGCGCACCUGUGUCAAGCAUUACCAGCGCAUCGCGCCUCGCCGUCUUCGCUCUCGAAUCGUAACGUAACUCGCGGCCGUCUCGCGCGAGCCGACCGCCGACCCGUCGAUCCUCGACGCGAUACGGAAUCACGCUCUCGCCGUCAGAUUUCCACGGGGUAGCCCGCUACCGCCGAAGAGCCGUGUCCUCUCUUCGGUCACCAGUUGCGGCAUCGAGGCGAGAUGAAGGAGAGCUUGAUAAAGCGGGAGAUCGAACACGAGUGGGAGGAGAGCCGCGUCGACGAGGGUUCGUCUCGGAUGACCGGAAGCGGCAACGUGACCGCGGCCUCGAUCGAAGAGCAGCGACAAGCGAUGGAGAGCCCGCGGACGGUGAUCACGGCCAGACGACACGUGCGCACGAUCACGACGGCGGGCCACAUCACCGAGAACGUGCCGGAACCGGAGCCGGAGCCGGGACCCGAUUCUCCGGACGCGGCCGCGAUGUCCGGCAGCCUUCAGCACCAGGCGCACCAUCGCCACCACCAGCUCCAACAACAGUCGCUCGAACAACAACAUCGACAGUCGCGCAGCUAUCGGGACGGGGACCAACAGGAUCCAGGAAACCAGCAACACUUCGCGCAAAUCGUGCGAUCGGAGGCGGACGUUCAACAACAGCAACAGCAACACCAACAUCAUCGCGCCGGCGAGCAACGCGUGGUUUAUCUGACCAGCAACGGGCAGGAACUGAAAGUCGAGGUGCCGGAUACGUUGGAGCAUGCCGCGUUGUCCGUCAAGGAAUCGGCGAGGUACGAGACCGCCGACGGAUCGGAUCGAAACGAGAUGGAGAGCAUGUACGUGUACGCGACGGACGGGCAACAGUUGCGAAGGGAGAGCCACAGCAUCGCGAUCCAGAUGCAAGACAGACGCGGCCACGCGGCCGCGAGCCAGCAGAGGUACAGUCCGCGCGAGACCGGUCAAUUGGGCGGAGGAAACGGAUCGACGACCGGUAGCGGGUGCGGCGGCAACGGCGGCGGUAGCAACGCCGGUAGCGGCAGCGUCGCCAGGACUUAUCACCACGGGUCACCGGUGCUGGUCGGGAACACCGACGAGUACGAAGGCCGAGCCUCGAUGGGGUCCCAAUCGGACGCGACGACCGCGUCGGUGUCGGCCCCGGGAACCGGGACCAGCACGGACACCGUCGCCGGAACACCGACCGUGUCCGGGUCCGGGUCCGGUUCCGGGUCCGCGACCCCGACCGUUCAGAUGGGUUCGCCCGUCGCUCCUGCGUAUUCCCCGCCGAUCGUCGGCGACGGUAUCCACGGGUCGGCGUCCGCGGGAUCGCAGCAGGCGGCGCAGCAACAUCAUCAGCAUCCGCAUCACCAUAUCGUGACGGGGUACACGGACGCUGUCGUCGACAGGUUCACCGUCUCCGUCGCGAACGAGAAACAGGUGUCCAGCACUUACACCACCCUGGAGACGGUCGCGAUACCACCGCCGCAGGCCGUACAGUAUGCCCCGCAAUACAUAUCGAGCAGCGAAGCGUUCCAGCAGGCUUCUGCCUACGCCUACAGCAAAACCGGGGAACAGCUGAUAUUGACGUAUCCAUCGGCCGGUCAACUGGGUCCGCGCGUCGGUGGGGUGGAGUCGCCCGGCAGCAGUUACAUGAAAGGCGACCCGACACUGGCGUCCUCGGUGGCAGCGUCCCGCGGCGUGCCGCAUCACUACGAGCAGCCGACGUCACCGAGCACCCAGAUGACGUUGUACGGCGGCGGCAGCGGCGCGUACCCCUACGGAAAAUCGACAGCCGCGACGGAGUAUUGGAACGCGACGGGAACACCGUCGCCGCCCACGUUCGACGGCAGCCAGGGUGGUUAUCAGACAGGCGUGUCGGCGAUCGCCAUCGGCGACGGGGCCAACAUGCAUUUGUACUCCGGCGGUGCGUACAGCGUGUCGCCGGGCACCGCGGGAGCACCCUCCCCCUGGCCCGGCCUGCCGAUGUCCGGCACGGAGGAGAGCUUCGACGGGGCAAUGAUCAUCGCCGAACAAAAAGAAUGCCCCAGUUGCGCGGGUCUGCCGAACGUUUGGAGGAGAGACGAGACCGGCCACUAUUACUGCUCGAACUGCCUCUGCAAGCCGAACGGCGUCAACAGAGCGGCCAUGAGAUGCGGCAAGCCCAAGCAAACGGUAGCUCCGACGAACGUGCGAAAAACGGGAAUGCAAUGCGCGAACUGCAGGACCUGCAACACGACCCUCUGGCGGCGAAACAACAACGGCGAGCCGGUGUGCAACGCGUGCGGGCUCUAUUACAAGCUGCACAAUGUAAACAGGCCGCUCAGCAUGAAGAAAGAGGGCAUCCAAACGAGGAAGAGGAAACCGAAGAAUCACUCUGGAAUGGGCGGAGGGAUGGCCGGGCCCAGCGGCAUGCACAAGACCGAGAUUAAGUCUAGCUUGCUCGUGGACCCGCUGCAGUUGAACGUGUACGGGAUCGGUGGCAGCAACGGUAACGGGGAUGCGGGCGGUUACGGGUCCGGGGUCAGGGUUGUCGCCGGUACCGAGAUCGAGAUUGGGAGCGAGAGCGGAACCGAGGGUGGAAACGUUCGGUCGGAGGAGAACCAUCCGCCUGUAGGUACACCGACACCGACAUCGACACCGACAACGACGACGACGACGACGACAACGCCGACGCCGACGCCGACGACGACGACGAUGCAUUUGGGGCACGCGCACUCGCCCCUCGCAUUGCCCACCGCCGCCGUUCUGAAUCGUCAAACCACCCUUACCGUGCCACCGCUAGAGCCAAUCGCUAGUCAGCCCAACGUCGACCCGAUCUCGGUCAUAACCUGCACAACGGCCGUCCACGCUGAGAGAACAACCUAGAAUCGAGAAGAAGGGGACUUGGGCACCGGAAUCGGCGCGCGCGCGCACGCGCGUUUCGUUCUCCGUUCGGUUCGACUUCGACUCGACCGAAACGACCGAGGGAACGACGCGAUCCCGCUCGCUUUUCAGCGCGUUCGUCGCGAUCGAACCAACGGUUCGCGAACGUUCUCGUUCACGCCGCUUCUAUUUAUUUCUAAUUUCGAAGAACGCCAAGUUCGAGACGCGUUCGCGACCGUCCGCGAUCCGAUCGGUCCGCGCGAGGAAUCGUCGCGGCGCGUCAUCUCGCGCCGCGAGCUCGGCCGGUACCGGCGAACUCGCGCGCGCCGGCCGCGCUCUGUCUUAUCGGCGGUUAAAUUGCAGCGCCACCGAAACCGACCGCCCUCUAGGCAAGCAGAACGGUACCACGCGUUUUCAAACUCGUUCCUCCUCCUACUCGUUUCCGCGCCUCCUUGCUCCUCGACUCUUCCUCCUCCUCCUCCUUCUUCCUCCUCCUCCCUCACCCGCGUGUCGCUGCGGAUUUCCAUCGAGCUUCUCCGCCUAUUUCCAUCGACGAUUCGCGAUAGAUCGUCGCGUUGCUUUCACCGCUCGAUCCGCUGACACGAAACUCACGGAAUUUACGUUUUGUAAAUACGCGGAAUCCGCCUCGUUCGUGGAUGCGCGCACGACGGAUGCGAUUACCGCGGGUACGCGUCGACGUAGCAGCGAAUCCCGAGCCCCAAAGAAUAGUUUAUUGUGUACAUACGUAUUCGCGCGGUAGCGUCGCAUCGGCGAGGAACCGGAGGCACUCGCGAUUUCCCGUCGAUCCGUCUACCACCGGAGCUAUUUAUUUCGAUCCUUCCGGAGCUAGCGUACGCGUUCGUUCGCAAUUGUACGGCGGCCGUCCAACGAAUCGAUUGGUCGCCGCGGUCGGUCGGUCGGUCGAUCGGUCGUCGGAUCGUCGAUCGCGGCCGACCAUCGACGAUCGCCGUAUUCGGUCCGUCGGAGCGUCUUGGUCCGCCUAUUCCGCCGAUAGAACCAUAUUUUGUACGCGAGCACUCUUUGAAACUCAAUAAAUCGAUCGAACGAGUCUA